AAGGAUUCUGCUGAAAGGGCAGUCCUCUGAGCAGCGGGGCAAAGGGAAAGCUGGGGGCGAGAUCUGUGAGAGAGGGAAGGUGCGGGCUCGGCCCCAGGAGGUGGAGUUGAGUGAGUCUUUAAGGGUGCUGCCGAGGCCGCGGCAGCCUGGUCUGGCGGACGAGAAAGGUGGGUGAUUUAUCUGGGGAGCUAGGCUGAAGCGGGCAGGUUGCAGAAGCCAAGCGUUCCGAGCGCAGAUUAGAGAGCCGUUCCAAGAGCAAAGGCUCUUCAGCCAUGACCUCCACCGGCCAAGAUUCUUCUACCAGGCAGCGAAAGAGUAGGCACAAUCCCCAAUCGCCCCUUCAGGACUCCAGCGCCACCUUGAAGCGUGGUGGGAAGAAGGGUGCUGUACCCCACUCCAGCCCCAAUCUAGCGGAGGUAAAGAAGAAAGGCAAAAUGAAGAAGCUCAGCCAACCAGCUGAAGAAGACCUAAUCGUUGGGCUUAAAGGGCUGGAUCUGAACCCUGAGACAAGAGUACCAUUUGGUACUGGAUUGGUAUUUGAUGAACAGCUAAAUGACUUCCACUGCCUUUGGGAUGACAGCUUCCCUGAAAACCCUGAGCGGCUCCAUGCCAUCAAAGAGCAGCUGAUCCUGGAGGGCCUCCUGGGCCGCUGUGUGUCCUUUCAGGCCCGGUUCGCCGAGAAGGAGGAGCUGAUGUUGGUUCACAGCCUGGAAUACAUUGAUCUGAUGGAGACAACCCAGUACAUGAAUGAAGGAGAACUUCGAGUACUUGCAGGCACCUAUGAUUCCGUUUAUCUGCAUCCGAACUCAUAUUCAUGUGCCUGCCUAGCUACAGGCUCAUCCUCCAGGCUGGUAGAUGCAGUCAUGCCAAAAUGAAUUGAAAUAGCAUGGCCGUCAUCAGGCCUCCUGGACACCAUGCUCAACGCAGUCUUAUGGAUGGGUAUUGCAUGUUCAACCACCUGGCUGUGGCUGCCCGCUAUGCACAAAAGAAGCACCGCAUUCAGAGG